AUGACUGCAGUUCAGCCCCAUACUCUGCAUAGCCUGGGACCGGUUCACCCACCCAAAGUCGAGAAGAGGGCUAUCAAACCCUCGAUCGCGAGACAUGUCAACAUUCACGUCAACGAUCCGCUCGAUCAUGACGCACCGGCCAUUCUACACGAACCUCGCAGCUACAGCGUCGUCGAGUCCAAGGGGUCGGCAGUCGUAUUGGUCAGCGGUGCGGGUGGAGGAGUCAGUGGGCCCGCCGGUAUCUAUCCUUCUCUGGCGGAUAAACUCGCCCUACUACUUGGCAUCCCCUGCAUCCGACUCGACUACCGCCAUCCAGCGAGGACGGAGUACUGCGCCGCCGACAUCGUCGCCUCGUUCACCUACCUGCGGGAGCACUUCAAUUCAUCGAGCUUCGUCCUCGUCGGCUGGUCCUUCGGCGGGAGUCCCUGCUUCACCGUUGCGGCUCAGGAGCCCGAGCGUGUCCGCGGCGUGGCUACCGUUGCGUCGCAGACGGCGCAGACAUCCGGGAUCAGAAAACUGAGUCCGCGACCGGUGCUCUUGCUGCACGGGACCGAUGAUAUGGUGCUUUCGGCGGCAUGCUCGGAGACUCUGUACAAGGAGUAUGGGAAUAAGGGGCCCAGGGAGUUGAAGCUGCUCCCCGGGGAUGACCAUGGACUCACGCACCAUGCGUCUGAAGUGGAAAGGAUGAUCUUUGAAUUUGCUGCUAAAACGCUGGGAUUUGAGAAGCUGUUGAAUCAGCCCACGUUGGAUCAGGCUGGAGAGGAUCUGGUUGAGAGUCGGGAUGAGAGGGUCAGAGAGAUGCAUGAAGGGCAUGAUCUUGAGGGCGGCGAGAGGUUGGAUUACUAG